CAAGGCUACAGGGAGGUCGCCUCGGUCGUGCUGGAAAACGAAACCUAAGUAACGAGGUCCGACGAGGCGCCGUAAAAGCGCACGACUCCUGUGGAACCAUGCGUGGCCGUACGUAAUCACGCAGCCGGGUGUUCUAAGCGCCAAGCUUUUUGGAGUCAAGGCUGGAAAUUUUAAGCGUCUUGCACCGUCGAGAGCUGCUUUUCUCGCUGCAAACGUCUGUGGUCAUUCCCGUUGAGAACACGGCGCUGCGUUCGCCGCGAGGUUGCUAGGUGUCGAGCCGACCAAAAUCUCUGUCGUUCGAGGAAGCCGGUGCCUGUGUUCCCCCUCUCCGCUAAACUCAUUCAAACAGGUGCCGAUAAGAAGCACAAGCUCAGCGCUCUCCCUUCGUUUCGAGUGAGAGCGCGUAAAAAAAAAUAAUAAACAGUGGGAGAGAGGGGCUCUAGCACAUCUGGUCGGCUGGUCCAUGAGCGCGACGCGCAUCAGAAACAUGUCGCUUCUCAUUGUGCUAAGCGGUAUCGGCGCGGCCGUCGCCGCCGCGCUGCUGUACCGGUACCUGAACCGUCGGUACCGACCGCCCGUGCUUCUGGAAGACCCCGAGACCAAGUACACGGUCGCUAUGAUCGAGCGGGAGGAGAUCAGCCACGACACUCGGCGAUUCCGCUUCGCUCUGCCUUCGGCCGAGCACGUCCUGGGACUGCCCACCGGCCAGCACAUCUACUUGGUGGCCACCGUUAACGGUCAGCUGGUGCCUCGGCCGUACACGCCCGUGACGAGCGACAAGCACCAGGGCUACUUCGACCUGGUCGUCAAGGUCUAUUUCCGCAACGUGCACCCAAAGUUCCCCGAAGGAGGCAAGAUGUCGCAGCACCUCGAGAGUAUGAGCGUCGGCGACACCAUUCAAGUUCGUGGUCCUUCGGGGCUGAUACGGUACGAAGGCAGAGGCAAGUUCGCCAUUAAGCCCGACAAGAAGUCACCGCCCCAUCCAUAUCAGGCGUCGGAGAUCGGCAUGAUCGCCGGUGGGACGGGCAUCACCCCCAUGCUUCAGAUCAUCCGGCAGGUGUUCAGCGACCCUGCAGACAAGACCAACUGCUCGCUUAUCUUUGCCAACCAGACGGAGGAUGACAUCCUGCUGCGGCCCGAGCUGGAAGAGGUGCUCCGGCAGAACCCCGACCGCUUCCGUCUCUACCUGACGGUGGAUCGGCCCAAGGAAGGCUGGACACAGGGCGUCGGCUUUGUCAGUGCCGACAUGAUUGAGCAGAACCUGCCAGCCCCAUCCGAUAACUCGGUCAUCCUCAUGUGUGGUCCGCCACCCAUGAUCAACUUUGCCUGCAAGCCUAACCUGGAGAAACUCGGCUACAGCCCCAAGCGGUGCUUUGCCUACUAAGCACCGAUUGUGACGAUAUGGGGGAAGGGGGGGAUGUUGUUUCUAGUUUAAAAUAGCGGAUCCUGUUGCACCUUGUUCUGUCUGCCAUAGUUCAUAGGUUGGUACCCGGCGUUCGAUAAAAGACAAGACCUCCAUUAGGAUAGAACGUGCAAGAUCUAUAGGUUCUACUACGUUCACAAGGAAGGGUACUCUGUCAUACCACUUAUGUGUAAAGAAGAGAAAUUUUCAGAACAGUUCGUUUGAAUUAUAAUCACUGUAUUGCCAGCAAUUAGUGUAGCCCCGAAAUAGUUUAAAAUGUGCUUUUUACAAUGAACGGUAGUAUUGUUUCUCAGUGACCUAUUUGACAGUCUUGGUUUCUUUGCACCCAGUUCUCUUGGGUUGCUGGCCAGCCUGCUAAAACUGCAUACUAACCUUGAUGUCUGAUUGAGCUUUGUUUUUCUGUGUACGUAUAAGACCUGUGCGCUUCACAACCUUGAAGCGAGCUCUCUUUGCUGCCCCUGGCUCGCAAGAAAUUCUACGUGGCCUUCCAUGUACGUUAAAUGUUAAAAAUACAUACAUAGAUGUUAUACCCCUGGAAAGGAGAAGACAUUCCAAACACAGGCUUCAGGUAUUCCUGCUGAAAUUGCUCAGCAUCAUGAACCUUUCAGAACUGUCAUUCGUCAAAGAAACAGUUGCAUGUUUAACUCCUGUACAACAGGUUCUUGGGGUGAUACAGUGCUUUGGGGAUAAGGGAGAUGUGAGGACAUCACUGGGAGAGAGACAGCAGGGCAGCCCCGGGCGCAGAGCAAACAUUUAUUGGCUGGUAUUGAUUAAUAUUGAGACCGUUACACACAGUCAUACACAGGAACUGUAGUGGAUGUAGGUGGGUCCACCAUGCAUUUGUAUGCAAACACACAUACACAGUCAGAGAGAGAAAAAAAUAAUGGCAAACGAUUUCAGGUGAGUGCAGAUGGCGCCACCAUACACACAAGACCCCUGGUGUUGACCUUAGCAGUCUUUGCGAUCAUGCUGUUUAUCGGCUACUAAGUCUUACAGUAAGGCAGUCACAGAUCCUUCAUCUGAAUGUUACUUGUGCCUCCCACAUAUAACAUCAUCUGGUAAUAUACCUGCGUCUUACUGGUAACUGUAACGUAGUUUAGUUUCAACUGAGCAAUUUACGAAGGCCGUUAAGGUAGUUGUUGAAACGUAUGUGUGAUUGGUAUGUAUUGUUAGAACAGUUUUCAGGCCUGUCAGCAUCGUUAUGUACUCUUCAGAAGACUUUGCUUGGGUUAGAAUGUUGCGUGAAAAACAACAUGGUGCGUUCAGCUUGCACGGAGUCUUGUUGGGAGUUAUUUUGUUUUUGCAAACUUUAGUGCAUGGUAUUUAUUACAUAUUUAUCGCAUGGAUUUGUUGCUCAACAUUGAUCAGCAUCUCUGUUCUAUUACCCUGGUACUUGGCAGUUUGGUGCUUGUAUUCUUCAUAGGCCAUUAGGCCAAAGCAGAAAAACAAGGCUGACGUCCUCUAUUGCAUUUUUGUGUGCUGCUACCAUAGCAUAGUUUACUGAAGCCUAUUUGUUAGGCUACAGGCUAAUGCAGCUGUAGUUUACUUAUGGGCUACAUGUUGUUUAAGGGCCGGAAGCUUGCUGUAGGCUUAUAAAUUUGUAUUUUCUUCAAGUGGGUACCUUUGAUGUCUUGAAGGGACACAUUGUGUAUUAAUUCUCUAAUUGCUCUCAGGUUUGCCGAUAGCCUGAACAGAUUUGUGCAGCACUGACGGAAGUGUUUUUUUUUUCCUCCUUUUUGAUUUAGAAAAUCUGAAUAUGUGUUGAAAACAAACGAGAGACUGCCAUUCUUCUUCUGAGGUUUGUCUGCUCGACAAUUGUUGCCAUGUGAUUAACCAUUGGUUUUACAACGGGCUGUGAUAAUUACUGCCUUUUGGUUAGGCAUUCUCACAAAGCUGGCCUCUUUUUAGCUUAUAUGCAUCUUUUGUUUCAUUGCAUGUAAUAUUUUUGUCUUUAUUUUCUGCUGUAACUGCCCACACUGGAGAAAGCAGCUCGUCUACGUUCAUCUUGCUCAGCUUACAAUGUCGUUUUUUUGUAUUUGAUUUUCUUAAAUGCUGUUGUAACCUACAUAUCGCCUUCAUCUUACUGCAGUACUUACAUCUACCCACAGUCGUUUGUGUAUCAAGGCACAAUUCAGGAGUGCCCACAGUGUACCUUUGCACUCUUCACUUCUGUUUUGUUCCUUGACAUGAUGUCAGGGCGUGGCUUUCAAGUAUAUGCUACUAUUUCAAGAGGCAGUGGACGGCGAGCGUGUAUUCACUGCACAUAAAAUGCUAUCACGUAGAAUGUCUUUGUGCAGGUAGAGCUUCAGUUAGCCUUCUGUGCUUGACAGAAGGUUUUGCCUGAAACUGGGUGGGCUGGUAUGGUAGCCCGGUUAUGUAAUUGGGAGUAUGAUGGAAUACCAUCUAGUCGGGUAAAAGCAUCGAUAGUAGAACUGGUGACCGGGCGAUGUAAAAAAAAAAGGACUUAUCGAGAUCUCUGCAAAUUUUAAAACACAAAUUAUUGUUUUUAUUUACACUGGUCAGGGGCCAUUCCUACCAAUGAUUAAACAACACAUAACAUGUGGGAUUAAACGCGGACUACAAAAUAGGAUUUGUGCGACUUGCAAUAUAGUGCGCAAGCGAAACAGGAGACAGUGAGUCAGGGACAUGAAAACCUGAGCAGGAACUAAAUAUGAGUGCACUUGUGUACAACAUAGGAGUCUUAUCACGAGUGCUGUUCUGCAGCUUAAUAGCACGGGCAAACCAUAUUCUUGUUAGUCACGAUGGCAGAGGGGUUUACUAGUGCUAGGUGGUCAAUUUACGUGUGCUACAACUUUCUUUAUUUGCAAAGUUGUUGAACGUGCUGUGCACCCUGUGCAGGCGGUGUCUUUUCGACUUGUUUCUCAAAUAGCUGUACCUUCUGUGCACUCGUUUAGUGUUCACUUCCACUGCUCAAGCCUUCUCUUAUGGGUACGUGCACGAGAAAACCAGACUCUGAUCAUUAAUCAGCUGUCCGUACCCUUAAACAGUUUCAGGGCACACACUUGCCAAUUGUCUCGUACCUGUGGUUUCAAACGACAUAGUGACGCCUGACGAGGUGCGCAUACCUGCUUGAGCAUUUUUUAUCUUGCCAGAGGCGGGUGGGGCCAUUGCAGAUGUGAUCAAAAUGUUUAAUGUUAACAAAGCAUGCUGUCCAUCUUUUAAAUGAAGUUUUUCUGGCUGCAAUGUUUCAGUAGAUUUAGGUCUGCGUAUAUUUCAUGCUUACCAUAUUGGCCAUAUUAUUUCAAUAAAUUGAAACGAGCAAAUAUUUUAACCGGGUAGUUAGUUUACGGGUAGUUAAAACUACCCGUAAAGAUUAAAUUUUUCCAGUAAGCUCCCAAAUUUUGUGACGAAUAGCGACUUUUUCGUAGAACCAACCGUAUUUGGUUCCAUCGAUUGCCAUUGCCUUUUGUAUACAUACACUAUGUAAUGUCGCAAUUUGUUUAUAUUAUUUCAGUCGCCUUGGUUUGUCGAUGUUUCGACUUCUACUUAGUUCCCCAUUCUUUGAUUUGCUUGUUAUACAGAGGGUAGGCGUGCUUCAAACUAGAUGUACACGAGUGCGCAAGCUGUACAGAGACAUAUUUUUGUGGAUUGUUUGUUGACGCAUAUGCAAGCGAGUGGACUGCAGGUAUCCUGACUGCUGUGAAAGCUGGCCACGGCUAACUGCAGUCUAACUUAUUUUCGAGAGAAGGAAAUGUGUAGCUUGCCGUAGACCAAAACAUUUUGCGCCUCGGUAUCUUUCCAAGUGUGAAGGUUUUCGUAGUUGUAGUAAAUAAAUAAAAAAAAAACAAUUGCUUCAUUC